ACCUUCUUCCUCUCCUUGUCCAGCCUUUCAUUCUGCCUGCUCGUCUUCUUACACAUCCCUUUGACCCCUGUUGCUUUCAAUUCGUCUGUGCCUUAUUCCCUCCGACCGCAGCGUUCUCCACCUUCGAUUUCCGCCGCCCGUUCACGUUCCGCCCCAUUCCUGGCUCACUCAUCCACACCCACCCCCUCAAGCCCUUCCUCAAACGCUCGUCGGAUCCGCGGAUUUUGGAAACCCUAUGCCGAGAAUCUAGACGCUCUUCUUUUUAUUCUUUGUCGCUGUCAUUCGGUCGUCUCAAACCCCCCAUCAUAUAGCCGACCGUUGCUCUCACAAACCCUCCUAUCUCUACUCGACUUCGCUUACUGUACUUGCCGUCGCAUACCGGCUGCCUCGCCUGCGCGCCGUCUUAACGCUUCACAUCCACUCCCCUUCGGUUCCGGUGUCGGCUACUUUAUUCGCGAAAGCUACCAGAUGAAGUUGAAUACUAAGGUCUUUGAGACUUUGCGAUAAACAUGGGGUCUUUUCUGAGGAGUUUCCGAAGAGAUGUGGGAUCUUCCACUCCUUCGGUCGGGGCGACUCCCGCGAAGAAAGAACCCCUGGCGCUUCCGAUUACCCCGCUGGAGAAGAUGCUGCAGGAAAUGGGUUCGGAUUCGGUUCGACAAGACGGUAGUGACAAGUUUUUCGGCAUGGAGAACUACGGAAAUACUUGUUACUGUAACUCAAUCUUGCAGUGUCUCUACUAUUCAGUUCCCUUUCGCGAAGCCGUACUCAACUAUCCGACACGAACGCCGAUAGAAAGCCUAGAAGCUGCGUUGGCGAAAAACCUUCGCUACCAGAACUUCGCCGCGAAUCAGGAAGCUGAGGCACAAGCGGAGAAACAGAGACUCGCCAACGCUCAGCGACCCGGCGCACCUCCCGCUCAGCCACCGAAACCCGAAGACAAGGACUCCUCGGAGUACAAAAAGAAAAUUGCUCUGCAGUCGCUGCCGUUGUUAGAAACGAAGAAUAAUGCCGGCAGUUAUGGGAUGUCAGAGUCGCUCUUCACAUCCCUCAAAGAUAUCUUCGAAUCUGUCGUUGCGAGCCAGUCCAGGAUAGGUAUCGUACGACCGCAGCAUUUCCUGGACGUUCUCCGCCGUGAGAAUGAGAUGUUCCGGUCGGCCAUGCAUCAAGAUGCUCACGAAUUUCUGAACCUUGUGCUUAACGAAGUAGUUGCCAAUGUAGAAGCAGAAGCCAUGAAGCAACCUAUACCGAGCUUGCCGCCAGCAGACACCACCGACUCAUCCAGGCAGUCGAUCAGUUCGGGCUCUAAAACUCCCAACACAACUCGAUGGGUGCACGAGCUGUUCGAGGGAACCUUGACAUCAGAGACACAGUGCUUGACGUGUGAGAAUGUUUCCCAGCGUGACGAGAUUUUUCUGGAUUUGUCGGUAGAUCUGGAGCAGCAUUCAUCAGUCACUUCGUGCCUAAGGAAAUUCUCAGCAGAAGAGAUGCUCUGCGAGCGAAACAAGUUUCACUGCGAUAACUGCGGUGGGCUCCAGGAGGCUGAGAAACGCAUGAAAAUCAAGCGCCUCCCGCGAAUUUUGGCACUGCACCUCAAGCGAUUUAAAUAUACCGAGGAUCUUCAGCGACUGCAAAAGCUCUUUCAUCGGGUUGUGUACCCUUACCAUCUUCGCCUCUUUAAUACAACAGACGAUGCGGAGGAUCCUGAUCGCCUAUACGAGUUAUACGCCGUGGUGGUUCACAUUGGGGGCGGUCCUUACCAUGGGCAUUAUGUGUCUAUCAUCAAGACGCAGGAUCGCGGAUGGCUGCUCUUUGAUGAUGAAAUGGUGGAGCCUGUUGACAAGAAUUACGUGCGCAACUUCUUUGGUGAUAAGCCCGGCUUAGCAUGUGCCUACGUCCUAUUCUACCAGGAGACCACGUUGGAGGCUGUCUUGAAGGAGCAAGAAAUGGAGAACAUGAAUGCCAGUGCGGCUGAUGCGAACGAAGCUGCUGUGAAACCGAACGGCUUCCCCCAACCCGCGGGAUUGGCUCAUGUUCAUAGUGCCUCGCAGAUCCCCGUGCAAGACGAGCCUCAACGACACACGGGCCUCCGACGAGCCCCCACCGCACCUCAGCUACCCACACAUACCGAGUAUCCUGGUCCGGACAUUGAGCCGUCAAGUCCCGCGGUAGCAACUCCACCCCCAGUCCCGCCAAUACCUGAAACUGCCAACCGGCCUUUGAGCCCAAAGAAGAGUGACAUCCAAUCCAAGAAGGAGCGGGCCAAAGAAGAAAAAGAGCGCAAAGCAGCUGAAAAGGAGAUGGAGAAGCAGCGUCGGAAAGAACAAGAAGCGAGGGUUAAGGAAAAUCAGCGACGCGAGGAAGCCGAACUAAAGGCUGCCCUGGAGGCCAGCAAAGCGUCGAAAGCAGAUGAGGAUCGACGCAAUCCUACGGAGAACGGCAAGGACGGCGAUCCGAAGAGGUCCAGCAACGGUCUUAGCCGGUUGAAACGAGGCAGCAAGAGCUUCAGUCAGCGCUUAGGCAAAGACAAAGAAAGCCGUGCUUCGUCAUCUGGUCUGCCGUCGGUUCCUAGUGCCGAACCUUUAACGCCGAAUCCAGUGCCAUUGGAGCCCGUCCAGCAGCUCUCACCGCGGAAGGCUUCCCCGCCAAAGGAAUCACACGUCGUUCAUAAGCCCUUAGGUCAAGACGACGAGCCAGACGCUCUCAAGAGUCCUAAGGGCGACCGGGCAGGGCAUGGGAAAUGGCGCAGUUUCAGCAUCCGGAAGAAAUCGUUCAGCAUCCUUUCUUAAGGCCCGCUUUUCGCCGGUUGCACCAAGCAUGCAUCUAUUGUUCGUCUUUUGCACAUAACAUACGUGGACUUUCCGUACAUACUUUCUUGAUGUAUCAUCACAUUUCUCUUCACUACCGGCUCCUUCAUUUGGCGAUAUUGCUCAGGGUGCGGGCAUGUUGCCAGUGGAUGCAAGGUUUGAAAUGGGUCCGGUCCCUGUCUUAUUUUCUUCACCCACCAUUUGGCUCUUGCCUGCAUUGUGAUGUCUUCGAACUUUGCUUCUGCAUGUCGUUUUAGCCAACCAUUACUUCACUUGUUAUUGCUAUAUAUCUUCUCGACUGCUAUUCGAUCAUGUGAUACCCGUGCCUGGGUCACACAGCUGGGCAAGUGAGGCGUUCGGCGACUGAUGUUUUUUUCGGAUUUUGGAUUUUACAAGUUAUCUCAGGUUGUCGAUUUUACUACCAUUCAAAAAUGGGUUAUGGAGAAAUGGGGUUCGUGACGGGUUUUCAGGAAUGAAACAAACAUCCUCCGCCGAUGCCAGGAGCGAAAUAGGGGGACGCAGUUCUUCGUGUAGGAAGAGAGUGAAGUCGGGGUCUGGACUUGUCAUAUCCUGUCUGGUCAUGUUGAGCAUUUCAUCCUUCGGGUCCGUGGGAUAGACCAUAUGUAUCAACAUUGCGUGGUAUAUAGACUGAUGCGAGUACACGCAUUAGAUAGUAAUCAAACUAUCAACAUUGAAGCAGAA